UGACCUGGUCUGGACUAGACCCAUUCCAUCACUCACUCUCCCAUCUCCCCUAGUCCCCCUCCGUGCGUGCUCUCCUGCAUGUUCUUCUAGUGAGAGAGGAGGGAGUGGUAGCUGGAGGUUGAAGAAGAGAGAGCAGGGAGGAGGAAGAAGGGCAGCGGCUGCCCUGCCCUCCAAUGUGCUGCUACGUGGGCAAGGCCACCAAGAUCUUCCUGUGCCUCGUCGCCGCGCUCCUCGUCGCGGGCCUCGUCCUCGGCUUCGGCCUGGCCCGCCACACGUGGGGAGCCAACAGGGCCCAGCCAGACUGCCGCUGGCCCGACUGCCAGCAGCAGGGGCCCGCGUACGGCGACCCGCUCCUCCCGGCCACCGCCGGCGUCGCCACCACGACGCCGCCGGCCAACCCGCUCACGCAGCCCGCCGUGGCCGCGUUCCCCGGUGUUGCUUCGUCGUCGUCGUCCUCCGCCUCAGCCGCCGCGCCCCCGCCCACCGGCGUGCCCAACUUUGGUCCGCCUGGGCCGUUCGUCGUGGGCCUCGGCCCGGCUGCUCACGCAUGACGGGCUGGACUGGCUCUGGCUGAGGCAAAGCCAGUUGGAUUUUGACUUUUUUCCCCCUUUGUUAGUUUCCUGGAUUUAGCGUUUGAAUGCGAUUUAUUACCUUUUUUUGUAUUUCUGCUUAAUUCGGACAUGUUUCUCUGUACAAUUGCCUAAAUUACUCCGAACCCGUAUCCGUUGUUUACUUAUUUCCUUGGAUACAGCUAAGUUAAAUUAAAUUCACCUGGGUUUCUCCGGUUCA